UUUUGAUCCUUCUGCAAGGGUAACCUCGACAUUAGCCAGUUCGCCCCAAGUUGAAUUUUGCUAACUUUGGUUCUCCGCUGUCGUACCCAAAUUAGCGUAUUAUUAGUUCCCAAUCACGCGAAAACACAACCUUCACAGCGAAGCUAUAAGCUAAGUUAAACAUUUUAAUUACAUAUUUAAUUGUUAAUUACAUACACUUAAUCCAUGCAUCUUUCUCAUUAACAAUUCAUUUUUUUGUCGCGAGGAUUGAGUUUCGCCAUGGAUAGAAUGGAUAGAAUAAAUGUAAACGAAACUUUAUUUGAAAUAAUGACAUUCUUGAAUGACUCAACCUCUUCCCCAAAUGCUCAUUAUAGUCGACGCUAUCAUGUUUGCAUUGCUGCUCCUCCUAAUAUUCUCUCUGACGGCAUAUGGGGAGAUCACAAAAUCGGAAAAAGUCCGUUAAAAUCUUCUUUCCCGGUAUUCCUUCUUCAAAUGAUUCUAAUGUACACCAUAACAAGAGCUUUAAAUUUCCCUCUCAAGAAACUUGGUUUACCAGUCCUCCUUUCACAAAUGAUGACCGGGAUAAUUUUAGGACCAAUGGUGCCGGUAUUUGAGGAGUAUAAAAAAUUAGUGUUUCCCUAUGGAAGUCAAGAUACACUAGCAACAAUAUCAGCACUCGGUUAUGUGUUCUUCUUAUUCGAAACCGGUGUAAAAAUGGAUUUCAGCAUGAUUGUAAAAACGGGAAGAAAAGGAUGGGCGAUUUCGCUUUUCGGGGUAAUAGCUCCUAUGGUAAUUGGUUUGUGUACCCGUCAUUUUGCGAUUAGGGGUGAAUAUGAAAAUAGUCCUCUUGAAGGAGAUGUAGUAAUGGUAGGACACAAUACAACUUCAUUUGCAGUGAUUGUUUCUCUUUUGAAUGACCUUAAACUUCUAAACUCUGAACUUGGGAGAUUAGCAUUAUCUGUCGCUUUGGUUGGCGACAUAUUCAGUAACAUUAUUGUAACUAUUUCAUCUACUAUGAUUAGUCACAAUCAGGCUAUUCCAAUUAGCCUGAGGUUUGUAUGUUUAUUUGUCGUGGUUAUCUUCAUUUUGUUUAUCUACCGUCCUGCCAUGUCUUGGAUUGUUGAACAUACACCGGAAGGGAAAGAAGUUAAGGACAUUUACGUCAACAUUGUAAUUGGGAUUCUCUUUUUCUUGUGUUGGAUUUCAGGACAAAUAGAAAGAGGUCCUGUUUUUUUACCUUUUAUUUUCGGAUUGGCUACGCCUGCAGGACCUCCAUUAGGAUCCACCUUGAUUAAAAGGGUUCAUUUGUUGGGCAUAAAAUUGCUUUUGCCAAUUUUCAUGACUACUAGUACAAUGAAGAUGGAAUAUGGCUUCUGGAAUUUAACAACAUCUCCCACACUUGAUAUUAUCUUGUUUGUUUUCUUUAGUGGUUAUUUUGUCAAAAUGGUUACAUGCUAUCUAGCUUCAGUCUUUUUCAAAAUGCCUUUAAAAGACGGUAUCGCUCUUGCCCUACUUUUGAACUGCAAAGGUGUUGUGGAAGUAACCAUGUACUCUACUGCAUUGGACAGAACUGAUAUUCGUUUGAAAACAUUUUGUAUAGUUAUGAUAUUCAUCAUGAUUUCAAUCUGCGUGACUCCCUUGUUGGUAAAACGUUUGUAUGAUCCUUCAAGGAAAUAUGCUGGCUAUCAAAAAAGGAACCUGUUUAAUAUGAAACUCAACUCAGAACUGAAGAUGCUAGUUUGCAUUCAUAAACAACACCAUGUAACUUCUAUCACAAGAUUUAUUGAUUUAUGUUACCCUAUAGUAGAAGAUCCUGUCACCGUAGACGCCUUACAUUUAAUCGAAUUAGCGGGAAGGUCCUCGCCAAUUUUCAUUUCUCACAAGAAGAAGAAAGUUGUUGCUUUAAACAUGUAUGACUCUUAUUCUGAUAGUGUUGUUCUUAGUCUCAAACUAUAUGAACAUGAUAAACAAGGUGCAGCAAUUAUAAACCCUUACACUGCAAUAUCUCCUGUUAACUUGAUGCAUGAAGAUAUUUGUCACCUAGCAUUGGACAAGGUUUCAUCAAUUAUGAUCCUUCCUUUUCAUAAAAAAUGGUCAAGUGAUGGCAAAGUUGAAUAUGAUGAUAUAAACAUAAGGACUAUAAACUGUAAUGUGUUGGAAAAAUCUCCAUGCUCAGUUGGAAUCUUAGUGAGCCGCGUAGUUCAUCCAGCAGAUUCGUCGCUUCGAUUAGCCUUGGUGUUUUUUGGUGGAAGAGAUGAUAGAGAGGCUUUAUGUUUGGCGAACCGGGCGGCACGAGACACUAGCAUUGAGCUUGUGAUAUAUCACAUUGUAGACAAGAACAAAAGUGGAAAGGAAAGGCAGAAUUUGGAUACAAUGCUUGAUAUAGCAAUGUUAAAAGAUGUUCAGGUAGAACAAUCUAGAGUGGGAAAUGUAAAAUUAAGAGGAAUAGAAGUGGAGGGUGGAUCACAAACACUUGAUGUUCUUCGUCAAAUGGUAGAUGAACAUGAUUUUAUUAUAGUUGGGAGAAGACAUGGACUCGAUUCUCAUCAGACUUCUGGGCUUCAAGAUUGGAGUGAGUUUCCUGAGUUGGGUCCUGUUGGAGAUUAUUUGGCUUCCUCAGAUCUUGAUUGCAAAGCAUCAGUUUUAGUGGUGCAACAACAAAUAUGCCUAUAGUUGUAGAUAUAUAUAAAUCAAAUUGUCAAAUUUUGUUGGUUAUUAUUGCAUAUUCCAUGUUUUGCUGUUAAAAUAGUGAGAUAAAGUCUUUGCAUAUUUUAA